AUGGCUGGGGGGCCUCUAUCUAUAGAUUGCCUCAAUAGGGGCCCCCCUAUACCCUUUGAGGGGGCCCCCUUAAUAACAAACGAGAUUCCUGUCUCUUGCAUCACCUCAAACCCUCUUAAGGGGGCCCCCCCCUCUCUCUCUACUCUGCAUAAGGGGGGCCCCCAGGGGCCCUCACUCUCUUCUACUUCCUUUCAGCUUCCUCUUUGCGACUAUGUAGGCCCAGCCUUCACCAGAGACCGUUGCAGCAACCUAGGGGCCCUCUUCCUUCCGUUACCUCAUGCUGGGGGGCCCCCUGGGGGGCCCCCAGGGGGGCCCCCUGGGAAGCCCCAAGGGGGGCCCCCGGGGGGCCCCCUAAAUGUAAGGGGGCCCCCUGAAGAGCCUUUGCAAUUCCUUCCUCUAUCCUUGGUUGCUGCAGCACUACCUGAAGUGCUGCUGGAAGUUGAGUUUGUUGGGGCGCAGCUGCAGCCAGACCCUGAGGCAGCAGCAGCAGCAGCAGCAGCAGCAGCAGCAAAUGGCAGCAGCAGCAACAGCAGAAGCAGCAGCAAGGGAGCCUUUGACGCUCCUAUGAAAGCUGACAGCAGCACCAACAGAGAGAGGGGGCCACUGCAGCAAGCUAUACUAAAGAGGGGCCCCCAGAGGGGAGAUGGGGCCUUAGCAAGGCGUAGACGGCUUGAGGGGCCCCCCCUGCAGCAGCAGAAGCAGCAGCAGCAGCAGCAGCCGCAGCAAGUACAGCAGGAAGAGCAGAGGCUGCUGCUGCAGCGCAUGCGUUUCUCUCCUUCAGGGGGCCCCCAAACACCGCGACAGCGAGAGGGGGGGGCCCCCCCGCAGCAGCCGCCUCGUGGGGGCAUCACGAGCGAUCUGCUGCUGCUGCGGUUUGCUGCAGCAAUCCAGAGCAACAGCGACAGCAACAGCAGCAGCAGCAGCAGCAGCCGUGUUAGGGUUGAAUGGACUGAAGUGCUGCGUCCCCUGCCUGUAGAAGCAGCGCAGCAGGGGGCCCCCCUUGGGGCUUUGUCUCCCCGCACACGGGGGCCCCUUAGCCCUCUCACCACCCAGCUGCAGCAGCAGCGGCAGCAGCAGCAGCAGCAGCAGCAGCGGGUGCGCUUCGUCUUCGUAGGAGUCUCAGGGCUGCUGCUGCUUGGCGGAUCCGAGGACCCCACACCAUCUAUUGCUGCUGAUGCUGCUUCUGCUGCUGCUCUUGCUGCCUUCCCUCCCUGCAGCGCUGCGGUGUAUGCGAAGCUCGCCGCACUAAGCAGCAGCAGCAGCAGCAGCAGCAGCAGCAGCAAGAGCUUGCUGCAGCUGCUGCCAGCACCUUUCCGAGAAGCUGCCGCUGCCCUUGCGAUCAGCGGGGGUGUCUCAGCAGCAGCAGCAGCAGCAGCAACACCAGCAGCAGCAGCAGCAGCAGGAGCACCAGGGGCAGAAGAAGCAGCGGGAUCAGCAGCAGCAGAAGCAGCAGCAGCGACAACGGCAUCUGCAGAUAGAGGAGAGACAGCAGCAGCAGCAGGUGUAGAUGGAGCAGCAAGAGAAACAGCAGCAGCAGCAGCAGCAGAAGAAGAAGGAACAGCAGCAGCAGCAACAGCACCAGCAGCAGCAGAAGCAAAAGGCAGUGCUGCUGCUGCUUCUGCACAAAUCAACAUCAGGGGGCCCCUCAAAAUGAGUCGGCUGUUGGGGACGAGGAGACGGAGCGAGGUUGCUGCUGCUGCUGCUGCUGCUCGUUCCCUGCGCUUGCUGCUGCUGCGGCAGCGGCAGCAGCAGCAGCAGGAGCAGAAGCAGCAGCAGGAGCACAAGGGCUCCGGCAUGCGGCUAGCAGCGGAGCAGCAGCAGCAGCAGCAACAACAACAGAGCAGCUGCUCUUCAAGCGACGAGUGGGCGGCCCUCGGACACCCGGAGGCCUGCGCAUGCAGCAGCAGCAGCAGCAGCAGCAGCAACAGCAGCAGCGAAGACGAGGAGCAGCAGGAGCUUGUAGAGGAGACAUGCAAAAGAGAUUUCGUCGUACCGCCUCUUUUUUAUUUGUCUCCAAACAAAAAUAUAAAGACAGAACAACCAUCUCCAGACUCAACUGCAGCAGCAGCAGCAGCAGGAACAGCAGAUGGUGCAGCAGCGGCAGCAGAUAGAGCAGCAGCAGCAACAACAGCAGCAGCAAGAGGACUGCCUCCAAACGCUGCUGCAGCAGAUGAGAGGGUGGAAGAGAGGGGCAAGAGAGGAGACAGCAUAAAGACAGAGACACCUGCUGCAGCAGAUGCUGCAGCAGAUGCUGCAGCAGAGACUGCAGCAGAUGCUGCAGCAGAGACUGCAGCAGAGACUGCUGCUGCUGCUGCUGCGCUGCCGUUGUCUCUAACAGACCCCUGGGCUUCCUUUGAGGAGCAUAGCGAAUGGCUGGAGCUGCUGGCGAAGCACUGCCGAGUUCAGCGAAGGCCAGCGGGAACCGGCAAGAAGAGCAACAACAGCAGCAGCAGCAGCAACAGCAGCAGCAGCAACACGGGCAGUAACACGACGAACAAUACCAGCAGCAACAAGAAGAACAGCAGCAGCAGCAGCAGCAGCAGCAGCAGCAGCAGCAGCAGCAGCGGGGAGCGGUGGGAGUUAUGUCGGGCCUUCUCAGAUGCGGAGGAGGCAACGCAGUUUAUACAGGCGUUUGGCUUUAGGUUUGUCUUCAAUUAA